GAUAUGUAUUAUCGUCUAUUUAGUUUGUGGAUUAUGAAUUAUUAUAGCUGAUUAAAAUAUCAUUGUAUUACUUAUCUAUUUCUCUUUGCUAUUCUGAGACUAAUAUUUUAAUUUCCGUCAUUAUCUCUUUGACAAAAUUAUUAUUAUUUGUAAUGGUGUUACAAAACUACAGGGUAUUUUAAUACGUACCUGUGAAUGAAAAUGUAGUAAAUAAAAAGUGCUUAGGAAAUACAAGAAAAUAAUGUUUAUUUUGAAUGUUAUUAUGAUUACAAAUAGAACAUAACUGCAACUUUUUUACAUUUUUAUUUGGAUCUGCAAUAUGGAUUUCAGUUCUUGUAACCCUCGGACUUCUAAUUCAUUAAAUUUAGCUGCAAGAAAUAAUGAUGUAGAAGCAGUCAGAUGCUUACUUAAAAAAAUUAAUCCAAAUUGUACAGACAAUAGAGGAUGGACCUGUCUCCAUGAAGCAGCAAAUAUGGACAGUUAUGAUUGUUUGUUAUUAAUUUUACAACAUCCUGACUGUAGACCACUUGCAGAGACACACGAAGGAUAUACUGCAUUAUAUCUGGCUUGUCGGCAACAAUGCUCUCUUUUGACUAUUAAAGCUCUCCUUGAUAGUGCAGAUUAUAUGGUCAACUAUGGAAGCACUGAAGAUGUUACACCAUUACACAUAGCUAGUGGUCAGGGUAGAGUGGAGUUAAUUCAGUUACUAUUAGAAUAUGGUGCAAUUAUUAAUGUUCAAGAUUUUGAUGGUGAUACUCCUUUACAUGAUGCUGCAUUGGCAGCUCAACAUGAAGCUGUUACAUUAUUGUUACAUGCAGGUGCAGAUCCUGAGAUAAAAAAUGGACCGAGCCUUUUGACUGCAUUCCAUUUAGCUUGCUGUAAAGGUUCUUAUGAAACUGUCCAAAAUAUUUUCCCUUUCAUCACUGACAUAAAUGAGCUGGCUGCAGGUGGGGAAAGUCCCUUGAUGUCAGCUGUAAAAGGUUGUAAUGAUGAUGUCAUACACUUUUUAUUACAACAUGGAGCUGAUCCUCAUAUACGGAAUGUGUAUAAUCAAUCAGCUUUAGAUAUGGCUCUAAAUUUUGGCCACAUAUCAAUAUUCAAGAUGCUUUUGGGGGUCACAGACAAACAACAAAUAAAUCCAAAUAUAAUUCUUGACGCUUGCAAACCUCACUAUUUUAAGUUUGAAAUAAUUGAAGCUUUAUUAUACUAUGAUUUGGGGCCAGAUUUCUUUGAUUUUAUUGAGCCUUUUCAUGUAACUUUGGAAGAGAUUGGUGAACAUAAACCAUUUUAUCUUACUAAUGCCCCUCUGAACUCCUACUUAAACAUCUGUGAAUACAUUUAUAACCAAUCACCAGAUAAGUUCAGAGAGUUUUUUUAUUUAUUCCUCAUGAGAGGUGUGAGUGUUAAUGCAUUUGAUAUUACUGAGUGCCCACCAUUGGUCUAUAUACAUUAUUGUUUACACUCUGCAUGUUUUGUUGAAGUUUUUAAAAUACUCAUAGAGAAUGGUCUGAAUGUAGACUACUGUACUUCAACUUCAGUUUUGGCUAAGGAUCUUUGUGUGCCUGAUGCUUUUCUAGCAUCUCUCAGUUCAGAUCUUGAUACUGCUCCAUACAUGAUACCAUAUAGUCUUACUAUAGAUCCUGAAACCUUCUUAAGAUUUGCUUGUGAAAAUGGAGUAGCUGGCAGAAUAUCUUUACAAGCACAAAAAAAGCUUGUGUCUUUGAUAGAUGACAACAAUGAAAUAGUUUGUAUGGAAUAUCUACCAUAUAUAGUGCCAUCAUUAAGACAUUUGUGUAGACUGAGAAUACGAAGUGUAUUCAGAAAUAGGGGAGACAUAAAGUCUACUAGUGAAUUUCAUUAUAAACUCAAUCAUCUACCUAUACCUCAAGCACUCAAGAAUUAUUUAAGUUACCUGUGAAUACUGCUGUGUUGUAUACAUAAGUACAAGACACAAGUUAAAAGAUAUUAGAUUUUAUUAUUUUUUAUUUACAAUUAUUUAUCACAAUGCAUUGCAUAUUGCACAUGUUUUUGCUCAAUUACAUAUAAAUGUAUAAAAUGUUA